AUGGCCACCACACAGAUGCGCAUCGAGGACCACAUCCUCGAGAACUUCGAGCACCUCGAGGACGACGCCGACGUCAUCCUGCUGGUCGACACCCUCCAGCGGACGCGUGAGAUCGAGGGCGACCUCGGUGACUACUCCUCGGCGCGCAUUUUUGCGCCGAUCAAAGAGGAGGGCAUCGAGCGACCACCGUCGCCCAAGGCUCACGUCGUCCCGCUGCGGUCGACACUGCGCCGUGCUGCGCUGUCGGCCGCGGCCGCCAAGGAGUCGGUCUCCAGGCCGACGUCCCGUUGGUCGACGGUGUCGAGCGCUUCGGCGUACUCGGCACCGUCGGUGUACUCGCAGGCGUCCGAGGUCGCCUUCUCCGACCCGGCUCCCAUCCCGGCCCCUACCACGGCCGGCUUCGCCCACGCCUGGGCGUUCUCCCAGGCGUCGAACCCGAAGCUGCGCCUCCGCCCCGACCUCGAGGCCACGGCGAGUGGCUCAGUUGACCCUGUUCCCCAGGGUCGCUGGGCAAAGUUCAAGACCGCCGCUGGCCGCCUUCGCAUCAAGGUCGGCAAGGGCACGGGUGGCCGCCAGUAG